UGGCAUCUCCCAACUGCCCAUGGGACAGGUGGGCUUGCUUGGCAUCCUGGGCAUGCAUGGUGUUUCCAACUAGAUGGAGGACAGGAACCUCACUCGGCUUGAUUCCUUGGCUCUGCCCUCCCCUAGGUGACCUGGGUGGGUGUAGCUUCAUUGAACCUGGAGGAUCACAUUAGGAAUGGACACAAAGCCAUCAUUGAGAAGGUGAUUUUUGAAGGAGUGAGCCAAGUGAAUAUCAAAGGCAAAAGCAUUUCAGAAAGACGGGAGAGCAGGAGCAUAAACCCUGAGGUGGAGCAUGCCUGGUAAAGUGUGAGGAACACUGAGGUCAGUGCAACUGAAGUGGAAUGAAACACAGUGUUUCCAGUACAGAGCAAGGAGCCUGGGAAUCUAGUCCUGGUGAUGGAGUGAGAAAGCUGGAAAAUCAGGGGCCUGCCGAGCGAUGUUGGAAGAAGAAACAGAUCAAACCUAUGAGAAUGUCCUGGCUGAGAUUCAGUCUUUCGAGCUGCCUAUUGAAGCUACUUUAAGUCAACAGGAAGAGAUACCUCUUUGGUCAGGAAUGUAAAAACAGGAAGGAGGAAGUCUAUUGCAAAUCUGUGCUGGCUGAUUGUGAAUUCAGGUUUCACCAUGGAGGAUGUUCAUUAAUGAUCAUCAGUGUGCUGUGCUGUUAUUCAAAAUUACAGUCUGUGUAUGAUGACCAACCAAAUGCGCACAAGAAGUUUAUGGAAAAGUUAGAUGCUUGUAUCCGUAAUCAUGACAAGGAAAUUGAAAAGAUGUGUAAUUUUCAUCAUCAGGGUUUUGUAGAUGCUAUUACAGAACUCCUUAAAGUAAGGACUGAUGCAGAAAAACUGAAGGUGCAAGUUACUGAUACCAACCGAAGGUUUCAAGAUGCUGGAAAAGAGGUGAUAGUCCACACAGAAGAUAUCAUUCGAUGUAGAAUUCAGCAGAGAAAUAUUACAACUGUAGUAGAAAAAUUGCAGUUAUGCCUUCCUGUGCUAGAAAUGUAUAGUAAGCUGAAAGAACAGAUGAGUGCCAAAAGGUACUAUUCUGCCCUAAAAACUAUGGAACAAUUAGAGAAUGUGUACUUCCCCUGGGUUAGUCAAUACCGGUUUUGUCAGCUCAUGAUAGAAAAUCUUCCCAAACUCCGUGAGGAUAUUAAAGAAAUCUCCAUGUCUGAUCUCAAAGACUUUUUGGAAAGUAUUCGAAAACAUUCUGACAAAAUAGGUGAAACAGCAAUGAAACAGGCACAGCAUCAGAAAACCUUCAGUGUUUCUCUGCAGAAACAAAAUAAAAUGAAAUUUGGGAAGAAUAUGUAUAUAAAUCGUGAUAGAAUUCCAGAGGAAAGGAAUGAAACUGUAUUGAAACAUUCACUUGAAGAAGAGGAUGAGAAUGAAGAAGAGGUCUUAACUGUUCAGGAUCUUGUCGAUUUUUCCCCUGUUUAUCGAUGUUUGCACAUUUAUUCUGUUUUGGGUGAUGAGGAAACAUUUGAAAACUAUUAUCGAAAACAAAGAAAGAAACAAGCAAGACUGGUAUUGCAACCCCAGUCGAAUAUGCAUGAAACAGUUGAUGGCUAUAGAAGAUAUUUCACUCAAAUUGUAGGGUUCUUUGUGGUAGAAGAUCACAUUUUACAUGUGACCCAAGGAUUAGUAACCAGGGCAUACACUGAUGAACUUUGGAACAUGGCCCUCUCAAAGAUAAUUGCUGUCCUUAGAGCUCAUUCAUCCUAUUGCACUGAUCCUGAUCUUGUUCUGGAGCUGAAGAAUCUUAUUGUAAUAUUUGCAGAUACUUUACAGGGUUAUGGUUUUCCAGUGAACCGACUUUUUGACCUUUUAUUUGAAAUAAGAGACCAAUACAAUGAAACACUGCUUAAGAAAUGGGCUGGAGUUUUCAGGGACAUUUUUGAAGAAGAUAAUUACAGCCCCAUCCCUGUUGUCAAUGAAGAAGAAUAUAAAAUUGUCAUCAGCAAAUUUCCCUUUCAAGAUCCAGACCUUGAAAAGCAGUCUUUCCCAAAGAAAUUCCCCAUGUCUCAGUCAGUGCCUCAUAUUUACAUUCAAGUUAAAGAAUUUAUUUAUGCCAGCCUUAAAUUUUCAGAGUCACUACACCGGAGCUCAACAGAAAUAGACGAUAUGCUUAGAAAAUCAACAAAUCUGCUGCUGACCAGAACUUUGAGUAGCUGUUUAUUGAACCUUAUUAGAAAACCUCAUAUAGGUUUGACAGAGCUGGUGCAAAUCAUCAUAAACACAACACACCUGGAGCAAGCUUGUAAAUAUCUUGAGGACUUUAUAACUAACAUUACAAAUAUUUCCCAAGAAACUGUUCAUACUACAAGACUUUAUGGACUUUCUACUUUCAAGGAUGCUCGACAUGCAGCAGAAGGAGAAAUAUAUACCAAACUGAAUCAAAAAAUUGAUGAAUUUGUUCAGCUUGCUGAUUAUGACUGGACAAUGUCUGAGCCAGAUGGAAGAGCUAGUGGUUAUUUAAUGGACCUUAUAAAUUUUUUGAGAAGCAUCUUUCAAGUGUUUACUCAUUUGCCUGGGAAAGUUGCUCAGACAGCUUGCAUGUCAGCCUGCCAGCAUCUGUCAACAUCCUUAAUGCAGAUGCUACUGGACAGUGAGUUAAAACAAAUAAGCAUGGGAGCUGUUCAGCAGUUUAACUUAGAUGUCAUACAGUGUGAAUUGUUUGCCAGCUCUGAGCCUGUGCCAGGAUUCCAGGGGGAUACCCUGCAGCUAGCAUUCAUUGACCUCAGACAAAUAGAUAGAUGGUUGGUUUAAUGGAGAUUAAAACACUGAUCCCACGUACUUCCUUCCUUCAAAGAGAAUCAUCAUUUGACAGCAUAGAAGACCUCUUUACAAGUAUAUAGCUCACUAGGGAAUCGUUACUAAGACAUACUUAUGAAUAUUAAUAAACAUCUCAAGUCAUUUUUGUUGAAUUUACUUUUCAAGUAUGUGCACUUAGAGGGCAUUAAGUCCUGGUUGACUUUUCCUCAUCAAUGUAAUCUAUGAGACUUCUAAGUUAAUUUUAAAAAUCUAUUAUGAAACAUGUAGAAUUGUGAAAUCUAUGAUGAUGUGUGUAGAAUUGUUAGAAUACAAGAUUUAUGUAGAAAUAACUAAAUAUAAAACAAUUUUUGAGAAUAUAGUAAAUAUGCAGUGGAAGGGAUCAGUGGAUAGAAAAUUUUGGGUGAGUUAUUUUAUUACAUUUUAAUUUUUCUAGUUUUAAAAGGGGCUUAAAAUACUUUUUUCUGAUUAUUAUUGUCAAAAUGUAAUCAUACUCUUCUUGGACUUUUGUAUUCCAAAAUAAGAAUAUGCAACCAAUUCCUUAGCUGCUAGAUCACUGUGGCAUGGCUUGAAUUUUAUUAUUUUAGUAGCUUGGACUUAAUAAAUUGAAAAAGAUAGAUAUUUUUCACCUAUAUUUGUUUUUUUGCUUAUAUUUGUUUUUAAAAUUAGUUUACAAAUAGUUAAGUGGUGAAAUGCCAAGUAUGGGGAAUUGGCAAAAAAUAAAAAUAAAACUGGUCUUGAAAAGUGAAGUCUCACAUGAGGUGAUAAAAGUUUUUUUUUUUUUAUCAGAUGUUAGUGAUUAUUUAAAGAAGGAUGCUUUAAAGUUUCAAUAGGGCUUUUAUGUUCCUCACUUCAUAAAGCUAUUUCAUAGCAUAUUGCUUUAACACUUUUAUAUGAAGUAGUAUACCACCAAAUGUAAAGGGGUUGCUAACACCUUUAUUUACAUUUCAGUUGGGGUUCUGCACUUUUCCUUCUUUUUUUUUUUUUUUCCAGUCUGUGAUCCAUUUCUGUCUUAAUAGGGUGGUUGACAGUUCUUUUCAAGCAUACUUAGAAAGGCAAAAGAGCCCUUUUCAUAGUACUUAUAAGGGGUCAUGCUUCUGUUUUUUAGUUUGAAUUUGAUACUGCUUCAUGAGUUGCUAUGAAAGAUUAGGAAGUAGGUCCAGUGGUCAGAUUUUACCUGCCCACCCGGACUUUGCCCUGAGGUCAAACUCCUGAUAUUUGCUGUUCUGAAUAGAGGAGUUGAUGACAAGUAUGAGCUGAUACAAGAGGAAAGUUAGAACCAUAUCAAAGCUGAAGGCAAGAGAAUUGGGACUCUAUGAGAGACUAGCUAAAAGAUGGAUCAUCGGGAUUGCCCUCUUCUAAGGAAAAGGAAAUAGCUGACCUGUGAUUGAAAAGACUUUAUCAUCCUGCCAAUCACAUACUUGCUAAUGGAAGCCAGUUAUCUCAACAACAUCUUAAGUCCUACUGCUCUAGUAGACAAUGUGGAGGAUUAGCGGUACUGGUGCCACAUUAUGUGAAUAUGCUGCCUCCAUCAAUUUAAAUGUGCUUUGUGAAUAUGAUUUGUUCGUGUAAAUUUUUUUUACAAGUAAAGCCUAUCAUCCUGUUACCCCCUAUUCUGAAAUUAAGUUACUAAAUGAUGAAGGACUUGA